GUGUUUAUGCGAGUGUGUGUGUGCACAUGUGGAUCAGAGAGAAGCGUGCCGACUACCCCACCACAAAGGAAUACACUUUUUUAUUCUUUUUUAACAAUUGACUGGAUGGGGGGGCAGUUGAAGAGUUGCUGAACCUGAGAACGGUGUUUGAUUUUCAGGUUUUGUCGGUUGAGUUGUUUACUUCUCUCUCCCUCUGAGUACUCUGAACUCCCACCACGGGGAGUGGAGAGGUGACUCUUGAGCUGCUUGCAGAGGAAUUCGAACAGAAGCAGAGAUUUUGUCCCUCUGAGCUGCCACUCCUCUGACUGUUAUUAUUUUUACUAGUGGAUGGGCUGAGGCAGAAUGGACGCCUUAUCUCUACCAGAUAUAGACUACAAUCAGACAUAUGUGGAUGAACAUUAUUUCUCAGAGGACAAUAUCGAUGGCUAUGGCAUCUCCAUGGCCAUACUCUACUUGGUGGUUUGCAUCCUGGGACUAGCUGGGAACUCCCUCGUCAUUGUCGCCAUUUUGAAAUUGGACAAAAUGUCAUCUUCCACGACCGUGUACAUAUUCAACCUGGCUCUGGCCGACGGACUCUUCAUGGUUGGUCUUCCCUUCAUAGCGAGCCAGAACUUCCAGAACUACUGGAUGUUUGGCGACACCGUGUGCAAAGUGGUCAUGGUGCUGGACGGCAUCAACCAGUUCACCAGCGUCUUCUGUCUGACGGCGAUGAGCAUCGACCGCUACAUGGCGCUGGCCGACCCGCUGCGGUUUGCCCGUUGGAGAACGCCACGCUGGGCCAAGAUCGUCUCGGCAUUCCUGUGGCUGUUCUCGCUCCUAACUAUCCUCCCCAUGGCGCUUCACUUCUCGUCCGAUCGAGGCCUGUGCAUUCCAGACCUCGUUUCGGACGCCUGGUGGCUCGGCAUCUUGUCUUACACCUUCGUCAUGGGGUUCGCUUUGCCGUUCGCUGUCAUGACGGCCUCCUACGCGGCGCUGCUGCUCACCCUGAGGGCCCAGCGGCUCCGAGCGCCGCCGGCGAACCAGGAGAGCCACCGGUUGGAGCGGCAGGUCACCGAAAUGGUGGUCGCAGUGGUGGUGGUGUUCGGGAUGUGCUGGCUGCCGUUUUACACCUUCAACUUCUGCUCUCUGUACCAAACCGGCUUGGUGCUGCCCUUCGCCAGAGCUUUUGAGUUCGUGGUGCUGCUGUCGUACUCGUGGAGCUGCGCUAACCCCAUCCUCUACGCCUGCCUCUCCGACACCUUCAGGAGGCACUUCCGCACGCUCCUCUGCCCUGCCGCCAAGUCGUCUCCCAGCAUGCAGUGCAACACUGAAUGGUAUGACUUAAAUGACACAGGUGUGCGGGAUGUGACCAUUCUGGCGUAGAGAGACGACAAAAAACAGAUUUUACUCCAUUUCCUGUCUUGAUGCACUGCAUGAUACUUUUCACCUUCUUUAAAAUGUGUUACUCAUUUGAUGGUUUGCAGAUAUGUGAUACAUUCUGUUUUCGUUUUGUUUAUGUAAUUUCCACACUUAACUUGGAAUGUAUAAAUUGUACAUAUUUUCUUGCUGUGGGCGAUCAGAUUUGCUGAAUUUGAGGUUAUUUUGUUCACCGCUCAAAUGUAGGUGUAUGAUCGGUGUCUGUAGAGAUCGAGAGAUUUUCAACACACUUGUGUUGAUCACCCGGUUGAGUGUAGACUGUGAAUCUUUAAGUUUACCCUCUUCUCCCUGGGAAAAUGAAAACGUUGCCUUCGUAAUUUCCCAUUUUUCAGAGUUUCUACCACAGAUUAGCCAAAAUGGAAGAAGAAAAAAGAGCAUAAUUCAGUUUGACUUCCCAUAACACAAAUCCUCCUGCUCCGUCUGACUCAAAACCUACAAUUUGUCCUCUAAUAACUCUGCUCCACUGCAUCUCCCCAGAACUAAUGAAAUGAGGCACAAGAGGGAUGAAGUGUGGACAGGUGGAGUGUAAACAGAAUAAUACGGGUCAAAUGUCUGUGGCCAAACACCAGCACAAAGACACAUACACAGACAGCUCCUCGACUCCCACAGCUGGAUUAUGUCCUGGUGUGAGAGUCUAUCAGGCGUGUGUGUGUGUUUGUGCCUGGGUGGCCGUGUUCAUGCACCUGCGCACAAGCAUGUUGGGAACCUUGUGUGCCGCAGGCGUACUGUGGUGUUCUGCUUGAGCCUGACUUGGCUAAAAGGAUAAGGACAGGUGAACACAUUCAGCAACACAUUUGCUCUAUGGAUUUUGGCACAUCAGUUUUUCUUUCUUUUUGGCUGUUAGGUAUAAGAAAAAAAUGUAGAAAUGUCACCAGUUGAGCAAUUAUAAAAGCAGUCUUGGGUUUAGGUUGUUGAAAAGGAAUUGUGAGGAAACCCAAGGCUUUCAUAAAGACACGCAGAGGGAUGUCAUCCAUCAAGUUAUGAUUUUCAUGCACAGCAAUAGCAGUUCCAUGGCUUUGGCUUUAAGACUCAUUUCUCCAAUCAGCAGGCAUCAUGGGGGAUUUUACUGACAGGGAUUGAAAACACAUACAAAUCAGGAAUACACAGACCCAAAGUGUAUCCAAUCACAGCAUUGUUAGCCGAUCAACAGCAGGAGAUACAUAAACAGAAACCCGUGUUUGCGCACAGAUGCGGAAAAAACUGUAAAUAGAUCAUACGCAAACACCCUUGUAAAAAGUACAUUUGUAGAAACAGACGUAGGCUGUUAAUUAUCAGUGAUGUAAAUAUGUAUAAAUGAGAAAAUGAUGUGAAUGUAUGUGUGUGACAAUCUGUAUUUUGUUGACAAAAACAUAAAUGUGUCAGUGUACAAAAGAGGAGAGUGCCUCAUUUUAACCACUCAAUGUAAUCCAUUCACACCACGUCGAAAUACACAAAAACAUGCUUUGUAAAUCCAGUUGGGCUAUGCAUUUUAAUGAGGCUGUUGAUCAGGACAUGGGGCUGGGACUACACUUAUAUUGAUCAUAUAGUCACUCUAUAUAUAUAUAUGAGCAUUUCUCAGAUGCUAUUGCCGUAUUGACUAUAAAUAAACAUAGUUGCUUGUG